GUGACUAUGCGCAUGCGCUAAAGGUCACAUUUUUCAGUAGACCUGGUUCGCUGGUUUUGUUUCGUGUUCAUACUGCUCAUAUUAAUACCAAAUACCGCAGAACAGUUUAGUCGUCCAAUGGUCUAAUCGGUACUGUUUAAUCGUAAAGUCACGUAUACAUCCCUGACUUUGUUGGACAGUAACAUCCUAUUGUGUGAUGGCGGCACUGCAGGCGUAUGAUAGCCCUUGUUCUACGCCGUGGAGUAACAAGACAGGUGCAUCGGGAGACAUGGAUGCUACUCCGGUCGACCCAAAUCAGGCGUGGGAGAAUGCUCGUAAGGCUUUAGAAAAAGUCCAAACUAACAAGACUACAACCGUCACAGAGCAGGGCAGCGGCGAAGGCUACAACGCACAGAAUGGCUACGCUGCUGGCUAUGGAUUCUGGGGGGCGCAGCAACAGCAGGGUGCCGUCUAUCCUGGGUACAUGGGGUACGGUGGUUACGGAGCUGCAGGACAAGGCGGGUAUGGGUUCUACCCACCAUAUAACCUGUACAACAACGGGUACUAUGCACAGAUGCAGUACCCCCAAAUGGGGACGGGUAACGGGGCGACAGUUGCCCCUCCGCCCCCUCCUGGGGACUCUGGGGGAGGCACGGAGGGAAGCAAUCGUUCUGGGGCAGGUAACGAUUCGGAUGGGAUGUACUAUGGCGGUUCGGCAGGGGGGAUGAAUCAAUAUGGAUCCGUGGAUACGUCUGGCUACGGGGGAAUGCACGGCGUUCAGGCACCGGGGUCGGGAGGAAUCCGCUUCAGCCUUCCGAAACGUGGAGGUCGAGGGGGAAACAAAUUUGGGAAACGUAUUAAUUCAUUCCAGCCACGCAUGGCAGGUGGAGACCAGAGUGCUUCGACGCAGUUGGGGUUGAACAGUGCACCGCGGAAUGAUGAUCGCAAGAUUUCCAGUGUGUCACAGGGAAGCAACAAUUGGCCCGAGAGUCUCAAGGACUACGUGAACAGGGCAUUCGCCAAGUGCAAGACAGACAUUGACAAGGAUCAGGUAGAGAUAGUCUUGAAGGGGAAGCUCACAAAGGUAUACAACGAUGGCAGCAUGUGGACCAAAGACUGGGCAAACGAGCCGUUACCUAGCAUUCACAGUGAACGCCUUGAGAAGGAGCAACAGGGAACUCCCGUCCUCGGCGGUAACAAUUCCAAACCGCUCAUAGGGAAGCUACCAGGUUCUUCUCCUAACAAGCGGUUGGGCCUCGGCUUUGCAUCUUCCUCGAUGCACGCUUCCGCCGCGGCAAGCGCCGAGAGUGAACCAGAGUUCAUCUCUCUCAAGAGUAGGAGGUCCGAAGGAAUUUGGUCACGUGUGGGCAGAAGGUCUUCUCGUUCGAGGUCACGGUCUAGGACGCCCCCUAAGGACAGGAGGAAGAAACGAAGGUCCAGCUCGCUGGAGUCUAGCCCAAGUCCAGAACCUGUUGGCCGCGGCGGAGGUAAGAAGUCGCUGAGCUCUAGUGUGUCUUGUGGCGGAUCCUCUAGCAGUGGUAGCAGAGGCAAGAAGAACAAAUCUGCAGCAGGCAACAAUGGACUGUCUGGACUCGGAAAGAAGGCCGCUAAGAAGGCAAAGAAAGCACUGGCUCAGUUCCAGGCUGUGGAUGACCCUAAUGCCUGUGAGAAACUCCAGAAGCGAGCGGCGCGCUUCGAGUUGGGGAGCCCCACAAGUGGGAUCACCGGGAAAAAGAAGCGCACACCCUCUAUUGUCCUCACUAUUAACAAUAAUUUGACUUCGAAUGCAGAUGCUGAGUAUGAUUGGGAGUCCUUCCCUGUUGUGGGAACCUGCAGGGAUUUGGAAAAGCAGUAUUUGAGAUUGACCUCCGCUCCAGACCCAUCGACAAUUCGUCCCGUAGAAGUGCUCCGCCGCUCCUUGGAGAUGGUCAAGCAGAGUUGGUUGGAGAAGCAGGACUACCACUAUGUCUGCGACCAGCUCAAGUCAAUUCGACAGGAUUUAACAGUUCAAUGCAUCCGAGAUUCCUUCACGGUGCUGGUGUAUGAGACGCACGCGCGGAUAGCCCUGGAGAAAGGAGACCACGAGGAGUUUAACCAGUGCCAGACGCAGCUCAAAAUGCUGUACCAGGAAGUUCCCGCGGGUAACCCCCUGGAGUUCACGGGGUACCGCAUCCUGUACAGCGUCUUCACCAGGAACACGUUAGACAUGAAGAACAUUCUUGCCAGUUUGGUCCCUGAAGAGAAAGCUGACCAGGUUGUAUCCCACGCACUAGCCAUUUGCUUUGCGUGGAGCCUCGGUAACUAUGCUAGGUUUUUCAAGUUGUACAACACAGCGCCGAGCAUGUCGGGAUACAUAUUGGACUGGUGCGUGUCCAGGGAGCGCAAGGCAGCCCUCAAGGCCAUGCUCAAAGCAUACCGUCCAGUUUUGCCUGUAGAAUAUAUUGAGCGUGUGUUGGGCUUCGCCUCCCGCGAGGACGCUCUGGCCUUCCUGGCCGAGCUUAACGUGACCUUCGUGGACGACGAUGCGGACCAGGCGAGCGUCGACUGCCGGGAGUCGCUGGCGGCCGUCCUUGCCUGCUAGCGUUCUUCUCUUAAUUUAGCCCCCACUCUCAUCCUGGUCUCCACCUAAAGUUAUCACGAGGGUAGACAUCCCACGAAAGGCAUCCUCUUAAAAUUACCGCUUCCCAGCAGGGCUGGCCGUGAGAUUUCCCAGGUCGUCAUCGUCGUCACCAUCAUCUGGAAGAGGAGUUUCAUCGGCUGGGGUGUGGGGAAUAGGGCGAAAGAAAUUCCCCCCCGGAAAAAGUGGUACGGGGCAUGCCAGGUUUUGAUACACGAAGAUGGACUGUGAAAGGGUGUGCAGGCGGCCUCGGACUUGGUAGGGCUGGCGAAGGGAAGUUAAGGGUUCAGUGUGUGCUCCAAGAAAGAGUGUCAGGUGUCUGCAUCUUCGAUUUUGGCCUCGCUGUUAAAUGGCAUUCAGCUUCGAUGAAGAAAACAUAGUCCAGGGCACCAGUCCUUGCUGGCCCAGUCAGGUCCACUGGUCUUGCUUAACAGCUCUCUCCACAAGGCUCCAGAAGUCAUGCUCAAGUUAAGGGCAAGUUCACAGCAGGGCUUGGUUUCUCACUGUCAAACUCCUUGGCUCGCAUUUGCUAAAGUUUUAAGUUUGGCCUGAACAGCAACCAGUUGAGGCAGAUGUGGUUUGGCCAUUGCUGGUAAAUGGCUUCACCCAUAGAGUGGGGCAAACUGCACAAGCCCCGAGCGCACAAUCCGAUCCAAGGUGACGAAACGCCUCUGAAGCCCCUUUUAGACGGCCGUUGACACCACCUUUGAGGCGGCUUCAGUCAUUGGCUUUCGUUUUUCAAGAGUGCUGCAGGUGGGCGCUGAAGUUGAAAGGUUUCGUCAGCUUGCUGAAGAUAAUGGCCACCCUUGAGUGGGCAGUGUUCGUGCUUGAGGUUGUGAAUGAAGGGACUCCGAAGGUGUUCAGCAUCUUUGUCGCUGGUCGACAUGUUUCAUCUUUCGUGCCAGAACAGUUACGAGAACAGUUAUUCGUUCCAAAGGUGUACAUAAUGUGUAUAUAGCGUUACAGAAGUAUCUCUUUACGCAGGAAAUAAAAAAAAAAUGCAACGC